UUGUUGAGGGCUGGCCCUCCUCCUCCGCCCUUUCCAUCCCGGGCGGGCGAAGGGAAGGAAACCGUAACGGUCGGCGCCCAGCGCCCCGGGGAACCCGAAGGACUAGUGAACUCCGGCCGGAGGGCUUCGGCAGUGGAGGAGGGCGAGCUGCUGUAGAAAAUGGUGAAAGAAACCACUUACUAUGAUGUUUUGGGGGUCAAACCCAAUGCCACCCAGGAAGAAUUGAAAAAGGCUUAUAGGAAACUGGCCUUGAAGUACCACCCUGAUAAGAAUCCAAAUGAAGGAGAAAAGUUCAAACAGAUCUCUCAAGCUUACGAAGUUCUCUCUGAUUCGAAGAAAAGGGAGUUAUAUGACAAAGGAGGAGAGCAGGCAAUCAAGGAGGGUGGAGCAGGUGGUGGCUUUGGCUCUCCCAUGGACAUCUUUGAUAUGUUUUUUGGAGGAGGAGGAAGGAUGCAGAGAGAAAGGAGAGGUAAAAAUGUUGUGCAUCAGCUCUCCGUAACCUUGGAAGAUUUAUAUAAUGGUGCAACAAGAAAACUGGCUCUGCAAAAGAAUGUGAUUUGUGACAAGUGUGAAGGCCGAGGUGGUAAAAAAGGAGCAGUAGAGUGCUGUCCUAACUGCCGAGGUACUGGAAUGCAAAUAAGGAUUCAUCAGAUAGGACCAGGAAUGGUUCAGCAAAUUCAGUCUGUGUGCAUGGAGUGCCAGGGCCAUGGAGAGCGGAUCAGUCCUAAAGAUAGAUGUAAAAGCUGCAAUGGAAGGAAGAUAGUUCGAGAAAAGAAGAUUUUAGAAGUUCAUAUUGACAAAGGCAUGAAAGAUGGCCAGAAGAUAACAUUCCAUGGUGAAGGAGACCAAGAACCAGGACUGGAGCCAGGAGAUAUUAUCAUUGUGUUAGAUCAGAAGGACCAUGCUGUUUUUACUCGACGAGGAGAAGACCUUUUCAUGUGUAUGGAUAUUCAGCUUGUAGAAGCAUUGUGUGGCUUCCAAAAGCCAAUAUCCACUCUUGACAACCGAACCAUAGUUAUCACCUCUCAUCCAGGUCAGAUUGUCAAGCACGGAGAUAUCAAAUGUGUGCUAAAUGAAGGUAUGCCAAUAUAUCGCCGACCAUAUGAAAAGGGACGCCUAAUCAUCGAGUUUAAGGUAAACUUUCCUGAAAAUGGCUUUCUCUCUCCUGAUAAACUCUCUUUGCUGGAAAAACUCCUUCCUGAGAGGAAGGAAGUAGAAGAGACUGAUGAAAUGGAUCAGGUAGAACUAGUGGACUUUGAUCCAAAUCAGGAAAGACGGCGCCAUUACAAUGGAGAAGCAUAUGAGGAUGAUGAGCACCAUCCCAGAGGUGGUGUUCAGUGUCAGACCUCUUAAUGGAGCAGUGAAUAUUACUUACUGCUGGCACUGCAUAUGCAGUAGUGAAUGAGUGAAGAACUGUAAUCAUAUGCUCACUACUUGCUAUUGUUUUUGUGUUAAUAUUCAACUAUAGUAGUGUUUAAAAGUUAAAUGAAGAAUAAACAAAUACAAAAGCUGACUUUGCCCUGUAUGUAUGAUGACUUUGGUGUGCAAGAUAAAGUUUAAUAUCUGUAAAAACUUCUUUUAAAACUUCCCCUAGUGUCAGUUCACACAUUGUAAUUGAUUUAGCAGAGUACAUGGCAUAGCCUGAAAUGUUAGGUAUAUUUGUUAACUUCAUUGUAUGACCCUUUAUUGUUAAGCUAUGGAAUUAAAAUUGUAUUUAACUGGUAAUCACAAAAAGAAAAUUUUGUAGAGAAGUGUUGGUUUGUUUAGUUUGUAUUACGUGGACUCAUUGUGAUGCCUGUGCAUUCUGUUGCCUCAACCAUUACUUGAAAGUGACAUAGUACAUAAUUUCACUUGUGUUAUCAGUGAUAGAAACUUUUCUGAAGUUUGUCAUGUCAUAACAUGCUGCUACUUGAGGGCUUGCACUUCUAAGAAUGCAUUCCCUUCUGCCAUCAUUUAAAUAUAUACACACACAUGUGUAUAUAUUCAAGUCUAUUUUGACCAGGCCUAAUCUUUUUCCCUUCUCUUUGGACCAUGAUAGCCCUUCUCGAACUGGGUAACUUAGACCUGUACAUGGAGUAGUAAUGUGCAUAUAAAAUCCAGGUGUUCCUUGAGCAUGUUACAGGUUUACAAACCAUUUGGCUUAGGCUCCAAAGUAACUGUAAUUUAAUGUUGGUAGGAUAGCAAAUUAUGAUGAGUAGCUUUAAUUGUAUGUUUAAAGUCACAUGUUCACAUGCUUAAACCUGACUACCAGGAUUUAAGCAAUUAUUGAAAUGUAUGAAUGUCUCUCAAUAUACUGAUUACAAAACA